AUGGCAACGACAGCCCUGACCGGGUUCUCUAUGAUGAGCCUCCUUGGCCUUGGGUACCUGACCUGGGACAUGAUGAGUCCUAACCAGGUGGAAAACGAGCCUGACAUGACUCUUUCAAACAGGUCUCCUGUGUCGCAGCCUCCUCACAUCAUGUUCAUCAUGACGGAUGAUCAGGGAUUCAAUGACAUUGGCUACCACAGCUCUGACAUCAGGACACCAGCACUGGAUAAACUGGCAGCAGAAGGAGUGAAGCUGGAAAACUAUUACAUCCAACCCAUCUGCACCCCAUCUAGAAGUCAGCUCAUCACAGGCAGGUACCAAAUCCACACAGGCCUACAACACUCUAUCAUUCGGCCUCGCCAGCCCAACUGCCUGCCCUUCGACCAGGUCACCCUCCCGCAGAGACUGCAGGAGCUCGGCUACUCCACCCACAUGGUUGGCAAAUGGCACCUGGGCUUCUACAAGAAGGAAUGCCUGCCGACACGCCGUGGCUUUGACACGUACUUUGGCUCCUUAACGGGCAGUGUGAACUACUACACAUACGACUCCUGUGAUGGGCCGAGCAUGUGUGGUUUUGACCUGCAUGAGGGGGAGUCUGUUGCCUGGGGUCAGAGGGGCAAAUACUCCACCCAUCUCUACACGCAGAGAGUCCGCAAGAUCCUGGCAACCCAUGAUCCACAGUCCCAGCCCCUUUUCAUCUUCCUAUCCUUCCAAGCUGUUCAUACUCCUCUGCAGUCUCCACGGGAGUACAUCUAUCCGUACCGUGGGAUGGGAAAUGUGGCACGCAGAAAAUAUGCUGCUAUGGUCUCAGCUGUAGAUGAGGCAGUUCGUAAUAUAACGUACGGUCUGCGCAAGUAUGGGUACUACCAGAACAGUGUUAUCAUCUUCUCCACAGAUAAUGGAGGUCAGCCUCUGUCUGGGGGAAGUAACUGGCCACUUAGAGGACGUAAAGGAACCUACUGGGAAGGUGGUGUGCGUGGUUUGGGUUUUGUCCACAGUCCUCUUCUGAGGAAAAGGAGGAGGGUGAGUAAAGCCCUGAUGCACAUCACUGACUGGUACCCGACAUUGGUGGGAUUAGCAGGCGGCAAUGAGUCUCUGACAGAGGGGUUGGAUGGAUAUGAUGUUUGGGAAGCCAUCAGUGAGGGGAAGGAGUCACCCAGGUUGGAGAUCCUCCAUAAUAUCGACCCUCUUUAUAACCAUGCACGCAGCGGAUCUCUACAAAAAGGAUAUGGGAUUUGGAACACAGCUGUGCAGGCCUCCAUACGAACUGGAGACUGGAAACUUCUAACAGGAGACCCUGGCUACGGAGACUGGACGCCUCCACAGAUGCUUCCAGGCUUCCCCAACAGCUGGUGGAACCUGGAGCGCCACACCACGCCGAGGAAAUCACUGUGGCUUUUCAACAUCUCUGGAGACCCCUGUGAGCGUGCUGACCUUUCUGAGCAGAGGCCAGAUGUCGUCAAAGAGCUAUUGGCAAGGUUGGUGUACUACAAUCGCACUGCGGUGCCAGUAAGGUACCCCUCAGAGGACCUACGGGCAGACCCCAGUCUGAAUGGAGGUGCCUGGGGGCCCUGGGCGGGAGAUGAGGAGGAGGACAGCUGGGACAGUGUCUUCCAGAAAGAGAACAGAGACUGGAAGAAGAAGCUUAAACUGUCCAAAAGCAGGUCGUUUUUUAGGAGACUUAACACAAGGAUCAUGUCCAACAGGAUAUAA